AUGUCGGCCAAGCCUACCUUCAUCUUCGUCCCGGGAGCGUGGCACUGCGCAACCAAGUUCUUACCGGUGACCUCUCGGCUCGAAGCUCUUGGCUACGCUACCAAGCUUGUCCGGCUCCCGUGUUUUGGCGCAGAGCCUCCUUUGGCGGACUUCGGGCCCGAUGUCGCCGCCAUCCGGCAACAGAUUCAGGCGGCAGUCGACGACUGUCAAGAUGUCGUGCUCUUCAUGCACAGCUAUGGGGGCAUCGUGGGCUGCGAAGCCUGUCGUGGGCUCGACAAGACGGCCCGUCAACGCCAGGGCAAGCCGGGCGGGAUCGUCCGCUUGGUGUUUUGCGCUGCGUUCCUCGCCCCAGAAGGGGUUUCUCUAUUGGACAUGCUCCAGGGAGAUCUGCCAUCUUGGUUCAUUGUGUCGCAAGACGGUACGCGGGUCGUCCCCGCGCAGCCGGCAGAGGUCUUCUACAACGAUCUGGACGACGAAGCAGCAAGGGAGGCCGUCUCGGGGCUGAGGCACCACAGCUACCGGACCUUCUCCAGCAAGCUGACCUACGCGGCUUGGAGGGACGUCCCGGUCACGUACAUCAAGUGCGAGCUGGACAGGGCGAUUCCGCCGCAGGUCCAGCAGAGCAUGAUCGAUGUUGCCGGAAGGGACGUGGUUGUUGAGUCGGUUGAGACCGGGCACUCCCCGUUCCUGAACAAGCCGGAUCUCGUGACGACUGCUCUGAGACGGUCUGCGGGUGAGGCUUUCUGA